AUGAUCCGGUUCCGGAGCUCGAGCAUCAGGUCGCUGAGCCCGGAGAUGAAAUGCACCGUGCGGCUGCUGGACGACUCCGAGAUCUCCUGCCACAUCCAGAGGGAAACUAAAGGUCAGUUUCUCAUAGAUCACAUCUGCAACUAUUACAGCUUGCUGGAAAAAGACUAUUUUGGCAUUCGAUACGUUGACCCUGAGAAGCAGCGGCACUGGCUUGAGCCCAACAAGUCCAUCUUCAAGCAAAUGAAAUCUCAUCCACCAUAUACCAUGUGCUUUAGAGUGAAAUUCUACCCACAUGAACCCUUGAAGAUUAAAGAAGAGCUCACCAGAUACCUCUUAUAUCUACAAAUAAAAAGGGACAUUUUCCAUGGCCGUUUGCUGUGUUCUUUUUCUGAUGCUGCCUACCUGGGUGCCUGUAUUGUCCAAGCUGAACUUGGUGAUUACGAUCCUGAUGAACACCCAGAGAAUUACAUCAGUGACUUCAAGAUUUUUCCCAAGCAGUCACAAAAGCUCGAGAAGAAAAUAGCUGAAAUGCAUAAAAAUGAAUUCAGAGGUCAGAGCCCAGCUGUUGCUGAAUUUAACUUGCUCCUGAAAGCAUAUUCUUUGGAAACUUACGGUGUUGAUCCUCAUCCUUGCAAGGACUCAACAGGGACGACUACAUUUUUAGGAUUCACAGCUGCAGGAUUUGUAGUUUUCCAGGGGAAUAAAAGAAUUCAUUUGUUAAAAUGGUGUGAUGUCUAUAAACUGAAAUUUGAAGGGAAGACUUUUUAUGUGUUUGGAGCUCAGAAAGAGAAAAAGGCUGUGCUGUCAUUCCAUACCUCUACACCAGCAGCCUGCAAGCAUCUUUGGAAAUGUGGGGUGGAGAACCAGGCUUUUUACAAGUAUGCAAAAUCCAGUCAGAUCAAGACUAUGUCCAGCAGCAAGAUAUUUUUUAAAGGCAGUAGAUUUCGAUAUAGUGGAAAAGUAGCUAAAGAGGUUGUGGAGGCAAGCUCUAAAAUCCAGAGGGAACCUCCUGAAGUUCACAGAACCAGCAUUACCCAGAGUCGCAGCUCUCCCUCAUUGAACAAACAACUCAUAAUCAACAUGGAACCUCUGCAGCCCCUCCUUCCUUCUCCCUGUGAGGAGGAAGAGGUUGCUUUAGAUGAAGGUAUCCAACUGCCAAAGGAAGAAGAGAUUUCAGUACCCGUGUCUUCAAACUCCCCAGUUAAGGACACUGGGGGGAAUGUCGAUCUUGCCAUUGAACAGGAAGAGAAGAUGAAAGAGGAACCUUUAACCAUCUCAGAAAUGGUAUACAAUCCUAGUGCCAGCUUGCUGCCCACCCCUGUUGAUGAUGAGAUUGACAUGCUCUUUGAUACUUGUCCAAGAGUAGAGAAUGAGAAAGAUGAUACAGAUUCAUUUGAGGAACUGGAAGCAGAUGAAAAUGCAUUUUUGAUUGCAGAGGAGGAAGAACUGAAAGAAGCUCGGAGAGCCCUUAGGUGGAGCUAUGACUUCCUAAUGGGCAACAUAGAGGUGAAUGCCUUUGUGAAGAGUUUCUCCAGACUUCUCCUUGUAGGCCUUGGACUGUUGUUGUUUGUGUUCCCUCUUCUGCUUGUUCUCCUGGAGUCGGACCUUCAAACAUCUUUUCUCCAUGAAAUCCGUCAGACACCGGAGUUUCAGCAGUUUCAUGUUGAAUAUUACUGCCCCCUUAGGCAGUGGGUAGCUUGCAAAAUAAACUUCAUUCGUGACAUGCUGGGCAGCUUUUAA